AUGUUGCCCCGCUUCCUGACCUCCUCGUUUCCCAUGGAGCGCCACUACUUUCUGGUGCCGAAGUUCGCACUAUCGCUGAUUGGCUUCUAUCCGGAACAGGAGCGCACUCUGCCCGUGAGGCUCUGGAGCUUCUUCAACUUCUUCAUCCUCACCUAUGGCUGCUAUGCGGAGGCCUACUACGGGAUCCACUAUAUUCCGAUUAACAUAGCCACUGCACUGGAUGCCCUUUGCCCGGUGGCCUCGAGUAUUUUGUCGCUGGUCAAGAUGGUCGCCAUUUGGUAUUACCGCGAUCAAUUGAAGAGCUUGAUCCAGCGGGUGCGGUUCCUGACGGAGCAGCAGAGAUCUGAGCGGAAGUUGGGCUACAAGAAGAGGUUCUACACACUCUCCACUCGACUGACCUUCCUGCUGCUCUGCUGUGGCUUCUGCACCAGCACUUCCUACUCUGUCCGGCAUUUGUUGGAUAAUAUCCUAAGGCGCGCCCAUGGAAAGGAUUGGAUCUACGAGACGCCCUUCAAAAUGAUAUUCCCCGAUCCCCUGCUCCGGCUGCCGCUUUAUCCCAUCACCUAUAUCCUCGUCCAUUGGCAUGGCUACAUCACAGUGGUUUCUUUCGUGGGAGCGGAUGGUUUCUUCCUGGGAUUCUGUUUGUAUUUCACCGUCCUGCUGCUUUGCCUGCGGGAUGAUGUUGGAGAUUUGUUAGAGGUAAAAGACAUCGCAGAGACUCCCUCCGAAGAGAACGAAGCUCGGGUGGUUCGCGAAAUGGAAAAGCUGGUGGACCGACACAAUGAGGUGGCCGAAUUGACUCAGAGAUUGUCGGGUGUCAUGGUGGAAAUAACACUGGGCCACUUUGUCACAUCCAGCUUGAUUAUUGGCACCAGUGUAUUGGACAUUUUGUUGUUCUCUGGCCUGGGAAUUAUUGUUUAUGUGGUUUACACGUGUGCCGUGGGCACGGAAAUCUUUUUGUACUGCCUAGGAGGCUCCCAUAUUAUGGAAGCGUGCUCCGAUCUAGCCCGCUCUAUAUUUUCCAGUCAGUGGUACGCACACAGUGUCCGCGUACAAAAGAUGACUCUUCUGAUGGUGGCUCGUGCCCAGCGAGUUCUCACUAUCAAAAUUCCCUUCUUUUCGCCCUCUUUGGAGACACUGACUUCGAUUUUGCGCUUUACCGGAUCUCUAAUUGCCUUGGCAAAGUCUGUUAUAUAA